AUGCUCAAAGCUCUUAUCAUGGUUGCAGGAUCUCAAGCCCGACGCCUUUGCAAUCGUUUACUUCUGGAAGAGCAUCCGCAGAAUUUCGUGCCUGCGCAGGAAGCGUUGUGGCCGAUAGACCAUCCAGGACCAUCCCCCCACGAGAGCAUGUAUGAUGCCAUGACAGACUUUUCGGACCGCUGUGUAUCUAUUGGUGGCAGGUUGUGGGAGGUGCUGCCUUCAUCGCCCAGGCUGCAUGGAUCGGCACUUUGCAUGGCAAAGGCGUGCAGUGCUCGCGAGGUUCAAGCCUGGCUAAUCCGAGACCGCCGUGCAGCUCUCUUGAAUCGCACAGAAGCCUUAGUAGCAGAACUUGGGCACUGGCGUGAUUUGCAGUUGAAGUUUGUUGUGGCUGGUUUCGAGAAGUGCGGAACCUCUUCCCUUUCUCAUAAUCUUGCGAGACAUCCAGAAGUUCAAUUCUUCCCACCCACGAUGAUGGAUGCACGAAGCAACACGGACAACCAAAACGCGCAGGAUGGCCACUUCUUCUGGCAGGUUGGGGGUCGCCUGCUUCCACCAGCUGACUUGGUCCGCCGAUUCAAUGCAGGCUUGUGCUGCCUGGGUGGCGCGAGACCUCCGGGCUUCAGGGACACGGAGCUUAUCGGCCCGGUGAAGAGAGGUGCGCAGGUCAUCGGGGAGCGAAAUCCUGUUUAUGCCUUCCAGCGAAUCAUCAUGAAGAUGGUGUCUUUGGUUCCCUCCGCGAGAGUUGUGCUUCUGGUUUGUGAUCCAAUCCGAUGGCUACAUUCCGCCUACGGCGACACGUUGAACUGGUACGCAGGUGGCAAAGAAGAUCCACCGCGUCCGCCAUUGCGAGAAUUUGCCACAUCAGACUUUGUGGCCGUUUCAAAGCCAACCUCAAUGUCGUAUAAGUGGUACAAUUUGAGCCGCAGGCGUGCCUACUUUACUUUUUUUGCAGAGGGCGUCACCCGACUGCUUGGAGAUGCUCGAGUGCACAUGCUGCACCGAGACUCCAUAGAUCAGAGAUUUGCAAGCACCAGCGGAGUGCGUGACGCCUACAACCGACUGGCGUCAUUCCUACAGCUCAGGCCCUUUCCUGAAGAUUUCUCUUUCGAGAAGAGGAAUGUGAGAGCGAAGGUUGCCGUUCCACAGUCGCUGGAGCUCUGUUCCCAUUCCGAACGUCACACCCUCAAGGUGUUGAAGAGGUACUACCGUGCAGAAUAUGCAAGAUUGCCAGCAUGGAUAGGCCGACUAGGUGGCUUGGUUCCUGCCCGCGUGGCUUCCAACAGGACAUGCUGCGAUGCUUGA